GAGAAGCUAGGGUUUCGCCGCGGCCACCGUAUAUAAGCAAGCGCGAGGUCGCCCGUUCCUCCGCCAUCACUCUCGCCUGAGCCAUUGCCGUCGUCCUCCUCGCCCUCGACCUCUCCCUCCGCCGUGUUUGAAGUCUAGAAAACAGCCUUUCAAGAUGCAGAACGAGGAAGGACAAAACAUGGACCUCUACAUCCCCAGGAAGUGUUCUGCCACGAACAGGCUUAUCACCUCGAAGGACCAUGCGUCUGUCCAGAUCAACAUUGGGCACUUGGGUCCUGAUGGUGUUUACACCAACCAAUUCACAACUUUUGCGCUCUGCGGUUUCAUUAGAGCCCAGGGUGAUGCUGACAGUGCCGUUGACAGGCUCUGGCAAAAGAAGAAAGCUGAACUUCGACAGUAAUUUCGAGUGCGGCCGCAUGUCACCUGAAGAGGUCUAUUCCUUUUGAUAGAGAGCGAGCUAUGUCACAGUGAAACUGGUCUUUUGUUAGUACAUUUCAGUUCUGGAAACUGAUCAAGUUGAUUGUUGGAAUACAUGCGACUUAUCUGUU